AUGCCGUCGUCAGGGAUCACCGCGGUGGACGCAGCCGCCAAGGGGAUGAAGCUGGAAGCGGUACGCCAGCGGGGCGCGCUGCUGCUGCGCCGGGCGACCAGCGCCAAGCUCGUGUCCGCGUCGUCGCACCUGCUCUUCCGCGCCACCGUGCUGGCCCGCGCUCGCGCUCGUCUUCCUCUUCACGCUGCACUACCCGUCCCUCCUCUCGCGGUCCUUCCACACCUCUCCGCCGGCAGCAGCGACAGCUCAGCAGGCAGCGCGCACUCCUCCUCCGCCUCUCACCGCAGCCUGCUCAUGUCCUCGGCGUCGUACAGGGGCGCCGUGUGGGAAGAAGGAGGUACGGCGGAGCGCCAGGCCGAGCCGGGACGGAGCAUCUCCGUGCUGGUCACCGGAGCCGCGGGCUUCGUGGGCACGCACUGCUCGCUCGCGCUCAAGGCCCGCGGCGACGCGUGCUCGGCCUCGACAACUUCCAGCUCCUACUACGACCCGUCGCUGAAGCGCGCGCGGCAGGCGCUGCUGGCCAGCCAGGGGCGUCGUCGUGCUCGACGCCGACAUCAACGACGGCCUGCUGCUGGAGAAGCUCUUCGACGUCGCGGCGUUCACGCACGUGCUGCACCUGGCCGCGCAGGCCGGGGUGCGGUACGCGAUGGAGAGCGCCGCAGACGUACGUCGCGUCCAACGUGGCCGGGCUCGUCAGCGUCUUCGAGUGGCGGCCAAGCACGCCGACCCGCAGCCGGCCAUCGUCUGGGCCUCCUCCUCCUCGGUGUACGGGCUCGCACCGACGCGCCCUUCUCCGAGGACCACCGCACCGACCGCCCGGCGUCGCUGUACGCGGCGACCAAGAAGGCCAGCGAGGCCAUCGCGCACACCUACAGCAACCACAUCUACGGGCUCUCCAUCACGGCCUCCGCUUCUUCACCGUCUACGGUCCCUGGGGUCGCCCCGACAUGGCCUUCUUCUUCUUUGCCCGCAACAUCGUCGCCGGCAGAGCCCAUCACGCUGUUCCGCGCCGCCGACGGCUCCGACGCGCGCGCGACUUCACCUACAUUGACGACGUCGUCAAGGGCUGCCUCAGCGCGCUCGACACCGCGGGCAAGAGCACCGGCUCCAGGUCCGGCAGAAGAGGUCCCGCGCCUCUCGCGUCUACAACCUCAGCAACACCUCCCCGUGCCCGUCACCCGGAUGGUCGCCAUCCUCGAGAAGCUGCUCGGCAAGAAGGCCAACAAGCGCAUCGUCACCAUGCCCAGCAACGGCGACGUGCCCUUCACCCACGCCAACGUCAGCCACGCCGCGCACGACUUCGGCUACCGCCCCACCACCUCCCUCGAGGCCAGCCUCCGGCACGCCGUCGACUGGUUCGUCAACUACUACAAGCUCGACACCAAGAUAGCCAAGGGCGCCCGCAGCACCGCCGCCGACAAGCCCGCGAAGAAGAAGAAGGGCGCGGCAGCCAUGUCCAGCGUCGUCGUGAUCGAUCAAGCACAGUACAGCACACAGAAACAGAGCACCACCACCGCCAAGCACAGUCACCAAGUGUAUUUCUCUAGCUAG